AGUCACUGAAGGACAUGAAACAGCUCUACAAAGUUCCUCUCUUGCAUCCCUCAGCAUCCGUUCUGUCGAUCUCUCUCUGAAUGUUUCAGAUGGAUGAGCAGAUUCUUCGGAAGGCAAUAGUGGAGCAAACCGCUGAAGAUCACGUUACGCUUAUUGUCAAGGCCGGUGACAUCUACUUCCAAGAAACCCUUAAACUACGACUGGAAUGCAGAAACAUCCUGAUGAUUGACCACUUAUGGGAAUUCACAUCUUUGGCCAGACUGGAUUUGAACAACAACAUCAUAGAGAAGAUCGAGGGCCUGGACCGUCUGAUUAGUCUGACAUGGCUUAAUCUGUCAUUCAACAGAAUAGAGAAAAUCGAGGGUCUGGUGUCUCUGCGGAAGCUUCAAGUGCUGAAUUUGUCCAACAACAGAAUCUCUGUCAUUGAAAACAUGGACACACUCGAGAAACUCACUCAUUUCUUGAUCGCAAACAACCUUCUUGGACAGCUGGACAACGUGCUCUAUCUCAGGAAGUUCAAGAACCUGUUCACCGUCAACCUACGUGGAAAUCCUGUCUCUAAGGAAGACGGUUACAAAUCUUCCAUCGCAGCAUACCUUCCAAACCUGGUGUGCCUGGACUACAGAUUACUUGACGAGAAGACAAAAAAUGAAGCAUCUAUAAAAUACCGCCAUGUCCUUGAUGAGGUGAAACGUGCGGAGCUGGAGACACAACAAGCUGAUGAGUUUAAGCAAAGCCAGGAAGCUGAAGUCAAAUUACACACGGAUGCCUUUGUGGAGCUCCUGAAUGGCUCCCACCUGUUUCAGAGCAUGCUCAAAGACGACUCAGAGGCAGAGACACUACACUGUGUGCCUGAAGUGGCUCCUCUGCUUCAAACAUUUGAACAGCAAAUGGUGGAGCUGUGUAUGCAGUUAUUGGAAACAGGUUUGGCUGAACAUAAGCGAAGAGAGACGGAGGUGAACUCCUUCUUCAGUGGUCAGAACGAGGCUGUGACACGCUACCAGCGAGAAGCAUCGCAGAUAUUGGCACAUUUUGAGCAGCAACACAAAGGGAGGAUAGUGGAGUUGCAGCAAUUAUCAAAGAAAGACCUCGUGAUGGUCAAGAUCAACCACUGCAAAGAGGAAAUCAACCAACUCUGUAACAGCCUCCUGGCACUGGAGUGUCAUCUGAUCAGCCAGCUGGAGGAUAGCAUCAAAAAGUUGGACAUCAACAUCUCGGACAUGAUUGGCAACUUCAUUAAAACUGCUCAAGGGACGUUUGUGCAAUGUCAAGAUCUGGAGAAUGAAUAUCAUGAGAAGGUGCAAGUGAUUGCAGCAACUCGGGAGAACGUGGCCGAGGACAACCAGGAUGAGGACAUGCCAGAUCGUGAUGAAAUGCUGUUUGUAGACAAAGACACAGUGAUGGAUGCACUGGACAACAGCCACAAGAACCACCUGUGGAAGAUCAAGGACCGAGAGACUCAGUUGAUUACACGUGCCGAUGCCUGGAAAGUUGCUCUCGUUGAAGGGAUUCAAGACAAAGAACUUAAGCAGAGCCGCACGCGAAUCUCAGACAUCUACAGAUAUGCGGACCAUUUGUUGGAGCAGCUGAAAGGUUUAUCUGUGAAACGAUUCUGCCUAAAGGUAUAAAAGUGUGUUUAAAAACAUUUUUAUACCGUUUCAGCAUCUUCUCGUGGUCCCCGGUGCGACCACAUACAUGUGGAUCAAUGUGGUGUACAUCUCUACUUAAGAAGAAUAACAUCACAAGAAAAGCGACAGUACAAAACUAA